AAAUCACGUCAAAAUAUUAAAAUAACCUACAUAAAAGAUCACUAUAAAAACAGAAUUCUGAAUUGUAGUUUUUUUUUUAAAUAAAAAUGAAUAUAUGCAUGAGAACUAAAUUAGUACGGUCCAGCUUGAUUAACAGAUUUCACCGUUUUUCAACAACAGUGUCAGAGAUCGAGCAGAAUGAACAAGUACUUAUCGAUGAUACGGAAGAUCUCCAAGCUAGGGAGGCGGAGAUCAAAAAGAAGAGAAACAAGUCGAGAUUAUCAGCAGCUCAUUACAACCUGGUUAACGACAGACGUCCCUAUGAAGAGCCUCAUUGUUUAGCCCAUUUGACUGUCAAGUAUAAUAGGAAAAUGUACGGGAAGUAUGGAAUUGCCAGUGGAGUCAAUCCAAGUCUGUGCUGGCCAACAAAGAAAGAAAUAGAAGAGAGGAAAGAAUAUGAAACUGUAGCAUUCCCCUACACAAUCCGGCAAGUGAUGGAUGCAGCAGCGGAGAAGAGAAAACAAGAGCAGUUAAGAAUAGAACAGAGGGACUUAGAAGUAGCUACUAAGGUUGCUAAGCUGGAGCAGUGGAAGAAGGAGCUGAAUGAUAAGGUUGCUAAGAAGGCUGCUGAAGUGCAGGCAGCUAAGCAAAAGAAAGAGCGUCUGGUAGAGGAAGUAAGAAGACAUUUCGGCUUCACACUCGACCCUAGAGAUGAGCGAUUCCAAGAAAUGCUGGCCAAGAGGGAGAAAGAGCAGAAAAAGUUAGAGAAACAGGCGCGAAUGGAGGCCAAAGAGAAGAUGAUGAUCGCUAAGCUGCAGCAGAAGAGCAGCGAGAUCAGUGAAAAGAGCUAAGUUAUACUGUAUUUUUAUUGUUUAUAGGCUUAAUUACGAUUUAUGGUAGUAAUAAAAUUGUUAACU